AUGGAGCAUGGUUUCAAGCAGUGUGAUAUAGUAAUGAACUGUCGGGAGACUAUAAUGUUCAGACCAGUAGAGCGAAUGGCAAUUAAAGGGCAGUUACCUUCUGAAACUGAGGUUUCAGGAACACUGGAGACCAAAAGGCAGAUUCAAAACCAGCAACGGUACUGCAAGGGGCAAGUAGAUGUAGAGUGUGGCAAAAGACCACCUCAUGCAUGGAGGCUCCACGGUGGAUCCACCAGACAGCCUUGCUUCAUUCUAAUGAUGAUUGGGAAAGGGUGGUACACCGUGGGCUUCUUGUUCAUUAAUGACGGGAGGAGAGGGGAGAGCCUGUCUGAGGGGAGGACACGGCCGUCGGAAUUGACCAUUCGCCGCCCGACCCUCCCUCCCGGAGCCCAGCUGGGCCCCUCACCUCGGACAGGUGCAGAGUGGCCACCACGGCCACCUGGUCUUAAGACCACUGGACCCGCCCUGCAGAUAAAAAAUGUUACCAGCCACUUCAUAGGGCUAGAGAAGGGGCUACAAGCAAGAGAGGGCCAAAGUCAUUACUAUGGCAACUAUGCCUAUUCAGUGGGGGAAACAAUGCAUUAUCUUUGUGGUAAAGAAGUGAGAAAAGGGUAUUUUCAAUGCUGCCUCUUCACACUGCAGAUGGGCCCUGACCUCUCAAGAGAAGCCUACCAUUAUCCCAGUUGUGAUCCCAUCAUUGAAGUUCUGAUUACUUGGAUAAUUGGCUACUGCAGAUCCAAUCCACCUUUCAUCAUUUGUGACCAGUCACCAAAACUCCUAGCAGCUAAAUCAGAAGCGUGCCUACUUCAGAAUGGUUGCCGGGGCAACGUGAGGCCGGGGGGCGCGCGCGCGCGCGGCGGGGGUCCCUGGGCCGCGGAGGCGCUGAGGGCCGCAGCCAUGGGCGCGCUGCUGUUCCCGAGGCUGCCGCUAGGGGGGCCGCUGCUGCUGCUGCUGUUGCUGCUGCUACUAGGCCCCGAGCCUGCGCACUCGAGGAACAACAGCCAAGCAAUGGAGGCCAAAGAGGCCCAUGAGGCCCAAGAGGCCCCAGAGCCCCCAGAGCCCCCCGAAGACCCCGAGCAGCCCGACGAGCUCGACGAGCCCGAAGAGCCCGAAGAGACGCCUGCCCAAGAUUCAAAUGGGACAAUAUCCAGAGAAAUAGAAUUUGGACUAUGCACAGUAACAUGUGGCAUUGGCAUUAGAGAAGUUUUAUUAACCAAUGGAUGCCCUGGAGGUGAAACGAAGUGUGUUGUUCGGGUAGAAGAAUGCAGAGGACCAGUAGACUGUGGAUGGGGUAAACCAAUUUCUGAAAGCCUUACUAGUGUGAAACUUCCUUGUGUUUUUGUACCACCUGAAAAUCGCUUCAGAUAUGUGUGGAAAAUGUUAAUUCCAGAGCAGCAAUCACUCAUACUUCCUAAUGACUCAGCUAUCCUUGAAGUUCACCGGGACACUCACCCAGUAGCAUUUCAGUGUGAAACAUCAGAAGACAAUGAAAUAAUUGCCUCUGUAAAAUACACAGUAUAUACAAUGUCCGAAUUACAAACAAGAAGAAUAACCACACCUGAAACUGAUCUUGUCUUGAUAUUAGUCUUGGUCACUGGAAUUAUUAUUUGUAUUGGUGUGAUCUUUGCAUUGAUCUUCAUAAUUAUUCACUGGGCGGCAAUAAAAGCAUUCUGGGCAUCUAGAGGGAAGAGUGCCGACUCAGAAAUCUAUUCUGAUGAAAAUCCAGGAAGAUUUGGCGAAGAAGAAUCACCACUACCACACUCUGCAGAAGAACCACCUGCAGAAGUGAUUGCUCAGGAAGAUGAAGGGUCUGCAAAUGACUGGAAUAAUGAGAAGUAGGAUAUUUGGAAAAAAAUGAUUUGAGUAUUUAAAGCAAAUACCUACAAAAAAAUACACCCUAAAACACUUGCUUAUUUUGGAAAGUGACUUCUUAUGUAAAUACCAAGGAAAUGGUGUACUGGACUUAGACCUAAUCUAUGGCAGAUCUGUAUGGUAGAAAUAAAAAUAUUUAAUUUUUAA